AUGUCUCUCAGCAACAACCUCCCCUCCUUCCUUAAGGACCUAAUCUCACCCUUCACCGGCGGCAAAGAUCCAUUUCACAACCUUACCGCUUUGUCGGUCCCUGCUUCCCUUCUAUUGGCAGCCUGGCCACACUGGUACACAAUCUACCUGGCUCAGUCCAACGGCAUCCAAGGAGGCUGGAGCAACAUCAACCCGCGUGCAUUCGUGGUUAAGCUUGCACAAAAACCCAAGCCUACCCCUCUCGAACUCUUAAUCCUCCGAGGACAGGCUUGUCAAGCGAACUCGUUCGAAAACGUCCCUCUGUUUUUGGCAGCCCUCGUCUGGGCCAACUAUACAAGGCUGGAGGUAGAGACGAUUAAUAGCUUUAUUUUAGGCUACUUGGCAAGUAGGGUGCUAUAUACGGUGCUUUAUUUGAAGACGUCUACCUAUUGGAACAGUUUUGCGAGGACGGUGGUGUUCAACUUUGGUAUCCUCUGCAUCGUGAGUAUUUGGAUACGAGGUGGAUUGGCUUUGGCGCCUAGCCUCAAGUAG